AUGAGCGCAAACCAGCUCCGCCCGUCCAGCAUGACGGAUUCUGAGAAAACCGCUGCGCCCAGCGUCCAAGCUACCAUUACCGACGAGAAGAAGGGUGCUGUCGAAACCGUUGCUCCUGCUGCUGGUGUAGCUGUGGAUGCUGCCCAGCCCAUCGUUGAAGAGAAGACUUCGCGACCCAACUCAACAGCCGAACCAACAUCAGACGACGACGACGACUUUGAGUACCCCACAAGAUGGAGGCUCACUGCGAUUACCGUGGCACUUUGUCUAAGUGUCUUCUGCAUGGCGUUGGAUAACACAAUCAUCGCAACAGCUAUUCCUCGCAUUACAGAUCAGUUCAAAGCGCUCAACGAUGUAGGCUGGUAUGGAUCGUCGUAUCUACUGACUACAUGCGCGACGCAACUCAUCUACGGAAAGUUCUACACCUACUACUCCAUCAAAUGGGUAUACCUCAUCGCGCUCUUCAUCUUCGAACUCGGCUCGCUUAUCUGCGGUGUCGCGCCAAACUCGACUGCCCUCAUCAUCGGACGCGCUGUCGCUGGUGUCGGAGCAGCUGGUAUCUUCUCCGGAGCCAUCUUGAUCAUCUCGGUCACCGUACCGCUGCGCAGUCGCCCUACUUACAUGGGACUCAUUGGAGGCAUGUAUGGUAUUGCGUCUGUUGCUGGCCCACUCAUGGGCGGAGCCUUCACAGACCAUUUGACUUGGCGAUGGUGCUUCUACAUCAACCUUCCCUUUGGUGCCGUUACCGCUGCCUUCAUCAUCCCCUUUCUCAACGUCAAGCGUCGUGGCAAGAAGAUCACGGCUACAUGGCAACAGCAGCUUCAGAAGUUCGAUCUUCCCGGGACCGCGUGUUUCUUGCCGGCUAUCAUCUGCUUGUUGCUUGCGCUUCAGUGGGGUGGUAGCAAGUACGAGUGGAACAGCGGACGUAUCAUCGCGCUCUUCGUCAUCUUCUUUGUCCUCAUCUGUGGAUUCAUCACUAUUCAGUGGUGGAAGCAGGAGGAUGCUACCGUCCCUCCUCGUGUGUUCCUCAACCGCAAUGUCUGGGGCAGCGCGUGGUUUGGUGCCAUGUUGGGCGCGUCCUUCUUCCUCAUCGUUUACUACCUUCCCAUCUGGUUCCAGGCGAUCAAGGGCGCGUCUGCAACCAAAUCCGGUAUCAUGAACCUCCCCGCCAUUCUGGGACUUGUCAUCAUCUCGAUGCUUGCCGGUGGUGCCGUCACAGCUCUGGGCUACUACACUCCAUUCAUGCUCACCUCGUCCAUCCUGAUGGCAAUUGGUGCCGGACUUUUGUCAACGCUGGAAGUCAACAGCGGCUCGCCGCAGUGGAUCGGCUACCAGUUCAUCUUCGGUGCUGGUGUCGGUUUCGGUAUGCAGCAGACCCUUGUAGCUGUUCAAACAGUCUUGCCGGCCGACGACAUCCCCAUUGGUACCGCGAUCAUGAUGUUCACCCAGACGCUCGGCGGUGCUCUCUUCAUCUCGGUCGGCCAGAACGUCUUCACCAACCAGCUCAUCAAGAACCUCGCCAGCAUCGUGCCCGAUCUCGAUGCGAGCAUCGUCCUCCGUACUGGCGCAACCGAGCUCAAGAACGCCAUCGACCCCGAGUACCUCGGCGGCGUACUGACGGCCUACAAUCUGACUCUUACCCAGACAUUCUACGUGUCGGUUGCUUGCGGUGCCAUGUCGAUUGUCGGCGCGGUGUUCGUAGAGUGGAAGUCGAUGAAGGGCAAGCAGAUCACCAUGGCUGCUGCUUGA